AUGAAGGUGGUCAACCAAGUAGCAACGCUCUUCUUCGUCGCGGCACCGAUUGUUGCCCAGACCAGUUCAGAAUCGUUUCUUUACUCGAUCCUGCCAACUGAUUCACUGACACCCCUUCCUACCCCGGUGCCGCUUCCUACCGUGGUGGAAGACGGCUGUCCCACCGCAACAGAGCUAUCCCUGUGUCCCAGUUGUACCGGCGACGCACCGCAAUGCGUUACGGUGUCGACUCUGACGCAGUCAUGCGGCUGCCCUAGUGUAGCUGCGACAGAGAGCUUCACAUUCGGCUGCGACAAGAGUGCCUGCCCUAGGGUUGGCUGCAGCACCAGCUACACCAUUGUCUCUGGCGAGGAGGCAUGCACAGGUAGUGCGAGCGUGUCUGGCACGGCCAUAACGACCGACGUGGUCACGGUGACAACGACACAAGCGUCCACGGCCGCGACGGGUUCGCAAACCGGUACGGCAUCAGGUGCCUCGGGGUCCUCGGCUUCUGCUAGUGCGACACCAAAUGCGGCAGGAAGACUGGCCGUCCCUUUCAAGUUUUGGUAA